AUGAGAACUUAUGAAUCGGAACCAGAGCUCGGAAGCGAUGAACAAUCAGAGUUGUCUCGUGAAGAUUCGUACCCUCCCUUGGAUACUAAUAUUUAUGAAGCACAAGUCCUGAACAUGCAUAACCAGAUUGAAAUUGAAGUUGAAAGUCCAAUUUCUAAUGCCAAUGCACAACAUUUUAAUGAUCAUCGAAGAAAUGUAAAGAGUUUACACAAAGCUGUUCUAAGAGGUGAUUGGAAGGCUGCUAAAACUGCUCUGAGUUUGGACAAAAAUAUAGCUCGUAUUGAGAUAACAGAAAGAGGAGAUAGGGCUCUUCACAUAGCUGCUGCCGCCAAGCAAACAGCGUUUGUCCAAAAUCUAGUUGAACACUUGAAUACAAGUGACCUGGAACUGCAGAAUAGACAUGGAAAUACAGCUUUCUGUAUUGCAGCUGCAUCAGGGGUUGUAGAAAUUGCCAAGGUCAUGUACGAAAAAAAUAAGAAUUUGCCAUCAAUUCGAAGUAGCAUAGGAAAGAUCCCACUUGAAAUGGCAAUUGUGUUCGGAAACAGAGAAAUGGUUGAAUAUCUUUACCCAAUUACACCUCUUGAAGUUCUCAAUGCCGAGGAAAAUAAGGAUAUUCUUAAAGCACUUGUCCACAUUGACAUGUAUGAUAUCGCUUUGGAAAUAUUAAACAGUUCAAGAAUAGAUAUUUCAACAACAAACGUAGGAAGGGCUUUACAGGCUUUAGCUCGAAAACCUCUACGAGGUCAUGGAUUUCGAGGACAUUGGAUGUGGGAAAGACUUGUUAGAACCUUUGCUUAUAUUCCAUGGAAUGUUGAGUUUCUGACUCUACUUACUGACUCAUAUCCUGAUCUUUUUUGGGAAGUCAACAAAGAGUAUCACUCCAUAUUUCAUGUUGCUCUUAUUAACCGACAAGAGAAAGUGUUCAAUCUCAUCUACCAGAUAGGAGCUGUUAGGAAUUUAAUUACACUCUAUAAAGAUCAAGAAGGAAACAACAUUUUGCACUUGGCUGGGAAAUUAGCACCUCCGAGCAGACUCAAAAUUGUAUCUGGAGCAGCUCUUCAAAUGCAAAGAGAGCUACAAUGGUUUAAGGAGGUGGAGAAAAUUGUACCAUCUUCAUUCCUCCAUAUGAAAAACAAAGACAAGUUAACACCAAGGGAGCUAUUUUCAAAGGAGCACGAGGCUUUAAGGAAAGAAGGUGAGGAGUGGAUGAAAAGGACAGUAUCUUUUUGCUUGGUCGUGGCAACUUUAAUUGCCACAGUCGCGUUUGAUGCAGGCCUAGCUAUAUUUGUUGGGAAUAACCAAGAAUCAGGCACUUCUAUUUUAUUGAAAGAUAGGCAGUUCAAAAUUUUUGUUAUAUAUAAUGCGCUGGCAAUGUUCAGCUCGACAACCUCCAUAAUGAUAUACUUGUCUAUCUUAAUUUCACCCUUUGUAGAAGAUGAUUUUCAACGUUCAUUAACGACAAAGUUGGUGUUUGGACUAAGUUCAGUCUUAGCUUCACUUGGUUGCAUGGUCGUGACAUUUAGUGCAACCGUCUUCUCGGUCUACAACAAGGAAAAUCAGUGGCCCUUGCAAGGACUUGUUUUUGGUAUUGCUUUGCUUACAAGCAUUAUAUAUACAAUGAUAUAUUAUAAGUUAUGGAAUACCAGAGUCUUCUCGACUGGCUGGCCGGCUUAG